CGUUCGUGUGACGUGGUUACGGAGUCAGUGAACGUGGUCUGUCAGACUGAAUCGGAUCAGACUAGACCGAAGCACGCAUAAGGGUGCUUACCCUUAUUUACAUACCGUAAACGCGAAAAAAAACCAGUGAAAAUUGUGAUACCUUUUUUUUUAAUCGGUCUCAAAAAGUGCUACCAACAGCCACGUAAAUGAGAGGACGCAAACGCCGGCGAUGGUCUCAAUAACUAUUUUGUGGAGGAGAUGCGGUCAGUCAGUGCCGAAGUGAUCAGUGUAAAAAAUUAGUGACGUUUGUUGGAAAAAGGGGGGAGAGACCGAGAGGAGAGCGCCACUCUGCAACGUGAUCAUACGAAAUUUCAAGGCCAAGAAACAUGAUUAAACGCUGAAAAUGUAAGCCCUACGAUCAGGACUGGUUGUGCUUUUCGUUUUCUCGUCUUUCCCCGAAAUUUUUAUUUUCAACCUAACUAAAGCCAAUCGUCAAAUGUGAAGUGAACGGACCUUUUGUUUACAUUGCCUUCGUGUUUUGAUUCCGCGUGCGCGUAAUUCGGCAAAAAUGAUGACGCCGGUCGCGGGGAGAUUUAAUGUCGCUCUUUUGCGAAUUUCUAGGACUUUAGCUGGUGAGCCACGUGUUGUCAUAUGAUAAAUGUAGAACACGUAAUUACUGUUUCUUUUUUUUAGUUUCGGUUUUUAAAAUUUUUUCGUAAAUCUAAUUUGCCAGAUUUUGGUUACGUGCAUCAACCGUGAUAAAUGUGAAAUUAUUUGGUUCGCGCGCGACGCGAGUGCGGACUUUGUGAAAAAAAAAAUCACUGAAUAUAUCAGUGAGAGGUCCAGAGGAGACAAUAUGAGUGAGAUGACGAGCGUCGAGCAGCAUCAUCAACAACAAUUUGUUGGUGGUAGCUCGAAUUCGGAGCAUCAUUGCAAGGAUCACUGUGUUUCUUUUGAAAGUGAGAAGAGCCUCGAGGUGCACCUUCGGUACCACAACGAGAACCUGCUCAGUCAAUGGGCCAGUCAAGCACAGCAGGAGGAGAGCAAUAAUAAUAACAGUAAAGCUGGUAACCACAACAGCAGCAAUCAUAUGGUGGUGAAGCGGGAAAGUGUGACAGCGCCGGCUGAUUCGAGUGAACCUUCCUCGAGACCUCCCUCAGAAGGUACAGCAUCUUCGUCUCGGCAACAACACACUCCAACGUCACAGGGAUUCCAGGAUUUCCCGACCCCAAUGUUCAAUGAGAACAAUUAUUAUAUGCAGAACGAACAACAUAAUUAUGUUCUGCCCCACAACUACUCUCCGACUAGGGAGGAGAGUCAAAAUGGAGGUGGAAACUAUUCAAGGUACCAUCCUUAUCAGCAUCAACGUUUUCCACAAGGGGAUCGAGCAAACUCUGUAAGUUCUUCAAGUCCGCGUAGUCCGCUACAAUGUGAUAAAUGUGGCGCAGUUUACGAGGAUCCUCAUCAACUCGCAGAGCACGUAAGGUCCAGUCAUCAUACAUCUCCAAAUACCUAUCCCGGUCAGCCUCAAUAUCAGCAAAUAGGUACUAGUCCACAACAUCAGAUACAGAGGCAUCAACAACCUCAAAUUCACACCUCGCCACCACAUACGAACCAACAACAGGCAGGAUUCGAUUUCAGUGGUGGAACUAUCAUCAAGACUGAAUUAAAGCAGGAAUCCGAAGAUCAGGCAGCAGAGAUUCUUGACCUUGAUUCUCACAAGGUGCAGACUCACAGGUACGAGGAAGAUCUGAUCAGGGCCCAGCAUCAGCAACAGGAAAUUCAGAUGCAGAUGCAGCAUCAUGCUAUGCAACAUCAGCAGAGGACUGCUCCACAUUCGGUGAGUUCAAUGUUGAGUAGUUGGCCUUCACCACAACUUCACCACGAGUAUCAUCCUGGAAUUUCUCCCAUGGGUCCCAUGGAUUCUCCUUCCCCAAUGCCGGAUCAGAGUCAGUUUAUACGUGCGCAGCAAAUGCCUCUUGAACCAUCCAGGCAUGGUGGUUCGCCUAUUAUUACGAGCACACAGUCGCUUGCGACCCACCAGCUAGCUCCUGCCUUACUCCAGCAAUCUACGAAGCCACUGGCUAAUCAGUCGUGGAAAAGUAACGAGGCUCGCCGACCCAAGACCUAUAACUGUACGGCAUGCAACAAGUGGUUUACCAGCUCAGGUCACCUGAAGAGGCAUUACAACACGACGUUGCACAAAAAUGCCGUCAAGGUGAGCAAUCAGCCCGAUCCUGCCAACAUGCCUAUCAGCGUGCACCAUCAUCCAGGCAGGGAUGCCGUCAGCAAUAGAGGGGGCCCAAGAUCUCCAGAGUUAUCUUCUUCAGGGAGUCCCCCAAACUUGAUGGCAGGUCCCUCGAACGAGGCAACGAGGGGCCUGCUGCACACGCCAAUCACCACAACCAGCCGUUCCAACAGCAGCAACAGCAACAGCAGCGAGUCUUCGGGGAUCCAAGGAACCUUAUCCCAGCAGCAGGUGGUUUCAGCAGCCCGCAUGUCCAACCUCGUGCCGCUCAAUUGCCCGCCGCACUCACCAAUGGGGCACCACCAGCACCAAAUGGGUGCCCCAUCACCCCAAUUGGCUCAGCACAACCACCAAAUGAAUUCACCUCAAAUGGGGGUCCACCAUCACAUGAAUUCACCCAUUACCUCCAUUCAGCAUCCACCAACGCACCUGAAUUCGCCUUCCCCAAUGGGCCAGCACCAGCACAUGAGUUCCCCAUCACCCAUGAUGGGAGGCGUACCACCGAUGCCUACCCCGCCGCCGCCAAUGGGGGGUACUACGAUGCCUCAUCAGCCGUACCCAAACGGUUUGCCCCCCCACGUUACAACUACUACCAGCAUCCAGGGUCUAAUGGAUAUCACCAGCCUAACUACUACUGGUAAUGAUCUACAACCUUCUAUGCAAUUCACCCAGGAGAUGCUGCCCGGUUUCGGAACCUUUAACAACACUCAAAGGCCUCUGCCGAGUUUUACCAAUUUCGGCAUGAACCCGGGAUACAAUUUAGUUGGCCAAAAUCCAUCACAGGCCGUUAACGUGGGGGGGCUAAGUCCAGAGGAGAAUAUCCCUCCUCCAGACAGAAGCUUCAAUGCACCUUUGCCUAACUAUGAGACCUACAGGCAUUCACCUCCAAAGUACGAGUCCGUGGCGAACAUGGAUGUUCUCCAUUGCACCGCUCCAGAUGGUAACAUAUAUGUGAAGUACCCGGAUUAUGCACAGCAGGAGUCACCUCUUUUCUAUGAAAUUCCAAGGUCACGUUUUCAGAUGGAAACCAAUAAUAAUAACCUGCCUGAAGAACCGCCCAAGGAGGAGUUGAAUCCUAACAUAAAAAGGAGAAAGAACGCCAAACUCAAGGGCGUGAUAACCAAGGAGCAGCAGGUGACGAGCACCAACCCUGAAUUGCCCUACAUAUCUGAGGAUGGUCGUCACAAAUGUCACGAUUGCAACAAAUACUUCAACAAGUCUUGUUACUUGACUCAACACAACAAGAGUUUCCAUGCGGGUGACAAACCCUUCAAGUGUAACCAGUGCGGAAAGAGGUUUCCGCACGAGAACAUGCACGCUGAACAUUUGCAGAAACAUGCUGGCGAGAAGCCCUACAAAUGUGAGAUUUGUCCCAAGCAAUUCAACCACAAGACAGACCUCAGACGGCACAUGUGCCUCCACACUGGUGAAAAGCCGUACGCCUGUGAUAUUUGCCAAAAGGGUUUCAUACGAAAGGACCACAUGAUGAAGCACGUCGAAACGCAUAAGAAGAAGCAGUCCACCACCGUUCAGCUCAAUGUUCAUCUCAGGGCGUGAUUUCCAAAAUUGCCUGAGUGUUCGAAUGGGUCCAGCCAAGGUCGACGUUCAUCAAGUGGUCACUUGAUGAGUUAUCAUAGCCUUCGUUCCGCAAUCCUCCUAUUUAUUAGUUCUACUUUCAAACUCCUGCUCUUCCUCCCAAAAUGAAAUGUCCCUUCGCCCACAGGAAAAAGAAGCCAGGAGGUUUUUGCUCAACUUAUUUAGACGACUGUCAGGAAUACCUUUCGAAGGAUAAACUGUAAGUAAAAUUUCCGGUAAUUUUUUCUAGCAUCCUUGACAAGUCUUAACAAUUUUUCAAAGAAAUUUCUAUGCUUGUCUCUAUUCAAAUUUUUGUACCUUAUUAAAUGGAGAUAACAAAAAAUCAAGGAUGCUGGGAACCUGUCACCGAAAGAUUUUAUUCCUCGCGAUAAUCAGAGUCGAUUACAGUUUUCGUAAAAUGUUGCUCGACUUUGCAGAUUGCGAUUGUAGAGGUAAAAAUACUCAAUUCUUGGGCGGAAUCCUGAUUGUAAAUCAUAAAAUAAUGGGUAAUUAAUUGAUAAUGACGUGACAUCAAACCUUUGAAGCUUAUUGAUUGUACAAAAUAUAUUAAAUGUAUAGCCAUAUUAUUAUAACUGUAAUUACUUGUUUAUUAUCGGCUCUACAUCGGAUUCGAACGCUAAUCAUAAUAUUAAUAUUUUGUAGCACUCAAUGAAUGAAAAUGAGAAAAAUUAAGAAAAUGGAAAGUAAUAUCACUCAAUGUGAAAACGAGCACUUAAACCAUGAAUCAUUUUUUCUGUUCUAUCAAAUAGUCUAUUGUCGCUUUUUUUCUACAAUUCGUAGAUUAUAAACUAUUUGAUGGAUCAUAAUUAAAAAUAGUAUUUUUUCGUACAUUAAUUUGCAAUGUGUGUAUCAAUUAUAGAAAUUGCAAUAUUUAUUAAUCUUUUUUUUUUUAUUUUUGUGAUGGUUAAACGUAAAUUUUUUUUAACAUUCCAACAGAUAGGUCGGCACGUUUUCACAGUGACGAUUAUUGUUUUUCUAAUGAUAUGGAAUAGAGUAAGCUAAAAGAAGCAUAUUGCUUUUUUCGAAGGAAAUUGAGCGGUUAAAUUCAUCGAAUAAUAGUUCUACCAAAUAACACGAAACAUUCGUCCAUUCACAUUUUUUAUACAAAAUAAUGAAUAUGAUAAUAACGUGAAUAAUUAUAAAAAGUUUCCUUCAAAAAACGCGACAUCCAGAAUAUGAGUGAACGUUGACCUCGCUAUAAUGAAAUAGAUUUGUUUCUGUUUAUCGUUGAUUAAUUAACCAAUUGAUUGGUUGGCACAAAAAUUGUUUCGUAUUGCAAAGAGUGCAAACUGAGGUCGAAUUGUGCCUCGCCCGUUGUUAUUUGAACAUCGUUGUUCCUGGAUUUUUUGAACCAGAUUUGUUGCCUGAUACAUUUGUUCAGUGACUCUUUUUUUUUGUAUUUUUUUAUCUCCUUUUUGUGUCCUUUUUUUAUCUCUGUCUCAAUACUUCUGAGUAAUGUAUUUCCAGUAACUUCCGCGGUAAUUACAAAAGUUUCAUUGGGACGAUGUCUACCAUAUAUAUUGUACAUAUGUGCGCAAGUUUUUUAGUUUCUAUGAUAUUAAAUGCGAUAACGAUUUAUAGCCACUUGCCAUUAUACUAUACGUAAUAUCCCAGAACAGACUACCUCAAGAGUUCAGGAAUUAUAUCAAUGAGAGAAGGAAAGGAGGAAGGAAAGGGUUAAAAAUAACGAGAAUGAAAAGCUAAUGCAAUAAUCUAAAUUUAAAAAAGACGUUUCGUGCGGGCGAAAAAAUCUUUAGGUUUUCAUCAUUAAUUUUCGUGAAUAAUUAAAUUAUCCAGAAAAUCUUUUUUCGUUCCUUUUUUCUUCGAUCAGAGUAUUCAGUUCCUUCCAUAUCGCCCGCUAAUAAACGCAAUAGGCGUAAAUAGAACAUUAUAAAUCUGUAAUAUAAUGAAAAAAGAAGGAAAUAGAUUGACGUAUGUUAGAGACAUAUCAAACAGUAUUACUGUAUACUCAGUUUAUAAUUAACGGGUAAGAAAAUCAGUUAUGUACGAAAUGAUCCGUGAAUAUACAUUUCCAUUUCAUAUCAUUGUUAGAAUAUGAACAUUUUGUAAUGACGAUACACUGGGCAUUUCUCGCGAUUAAGAAUAAUAGCAAAGUAUUAUACAAGGGGUGAUAAAGUAGAAAGCAAUCGCGAUUUUCGAGAUGGGCAUUUGAGAUUAGAAUUCCAUAUAUAAUUUUUCAAUUACUCGUUAUUCCUCCUGUAUGAUGUUAACUUAAAAAUCGCACGACACGUACAUUUGUAUGAGUGGGAAUUCCGUUAUAAGUGUGUGUAAAGAAUGUCCUGCUUUACCUUCGUGAAACUCUUCCAGUUCGAAAAAAAUACGAAUCGCGCUGAACACGAAAUAAAAAAAAAGCGUUGCAGAAAUAAUCUUGGUAAUAUUUUUGUGACGUUUUUUAUUUUAUGUUGGGUGCGAUUUAUUUCCGUUUCUCGAAUAAGUGUCAUUCUAAAUCAAAUCGUCAUUGACUGUACGAAAGAAAUGUGGAGAUCGACCCUAUAAUUAAGAACCAUUCCGAUCAGUGGAUCGCGAGAUAUACGAUACUCGCGGUAUAAUGAUACGUAAUUAUAAAGCAUUCGAUUCGCCGCUAUCUAUCGUUCGAUCGUGACGAAAAACACGUACAUGGGGACCAUGACGAAACAAACUCAAGAAAACCUAUACGAGUUUUGCGAGCCGAAUCUAUCUGUCGCAAUGACUAUGCUGAGAUUAAAAGAGGUCUGAAAAAUUGAAGGCAAAAAAUAUGCUAAUAAAAAAUUAAUUGUUUCGAUAAAAUCAUUAUUGAAAAAGUUUAACUUAAAUUUUUCCGAAUUGUUGAAAGGGAAGGCUUUCACAGAAAAAAUUUGUUCAUUAACACAAUACCAAUACGUAUUGAACUGCCCAGGAAAAAGUUCGGAAUUUGGGUACUAAAUUUUCAAAAAUAUAAAAUUUAUCGUCAUGAAAUUUUUAAUAAACAAAUUUUUUUAUGUGUUGGUCCAGUUCCACGGAAAUUGUACAGUUUAUAAAUAAAUAGGUCUGUAAAUAGCUAGUAGAUCACUGUACUUCAAAUAUUUUUACGGCGAAUAGAAAUACCUUUCUUUGAUUAAUUUUGAGCUGCGGGAGACAAUUUUUCAAUACCGCCUUUGAAUCAAAUCCUACCAUUUUGUCUAUUAUUAAUUAGUCACGUGGUUUAAGCUGGGACGUUCUGUUUAUGUGUAUUGCAUUGAGAGAAAAAUAUCGUCAAAUCAAAGCUGAUUUUUCAGUGUCGUAAACAAAUGUUGAUCUGUACUUUGUUUUUUAUUUAUUGGUGCAAAUGUUUCCUUUUUUGUUUAUAAGUGCAAAUUUGUUCAUUUGUUCUUUCUUUUUUUUUUUUUUAAAUCACGACCCUGGAAUUUUCGAAAGUUAAGUAAUACAGUUAUUGGUUUAAAAAAGGAGGUAAUUAUUCUAUUACUGAGACAAUUGUAUUAUACAUUUUCAAGCAAAUAAUGAACGAUAAUGUUUUUCUCUGAAUGCUGUCGUGCGAAACUAUGUUUGUACAUGUAACUUCAUUUCGCGGGCAUUCCAAAGAACGUAUUGUAGUUGUACUUUAUAUACUCGCGCGUUCGUAGAGGUCUGCGACGCCUUAAAAAAAAGGAGCGAAAUACUGCGAAAAUCAAACCGGAAAUCGGUUUUCAUUCGUAUGCGCAAUUCCAUUGUACGAUUUCAGAUGGUGUAAUAUAAUUUUUAUUCACUUGUGCCAUAACGAUAUUAAAAGCGAUCUGACGUCAUACCGCUGUAAAGUUAGCGCACUUCGGCAGCGAUUAAUAAUUAAUAAUAAUUAUUUGAUGGUACAUGUGGUUUCUGUUCCUGCGUUACGGAGAAAUAAGAGAGUUGAAAGUAUAAUAUUACGACCUGUAUUAUUUUAUGUGUUUAAUUUUGUUUUUAUAAAUAUAUUUUAUUUCGCAAACCUUA